AUGGAUGAUCAAUUAUUCAAUGUCCCCACGGAUGUGACUGCCCGAAAUGCUGUUAUGGUAGAUGGGCUUGGACCACAUACAACCAUGAACUCUUUUGCUCAGUCGUAUUCAUUAGACCUCAACGACCAAAAUCAUUUCAUUUCUGUACUUCCAAUGCUCCCAGCCAUUGAUGGAGAUUCUGUCAUUGGAUGCCAUUCGAGUCAUCUUCAUGACACAAAUAGUGAUGCCAUUGAUGAAUCAUACAGAAGAAACAAUCUGAGAGAACCCCUAUUUGGCAGUUCAAGUUUCUACGAUCAUUCUGUGUUUCAAGGGGUACCUGACUCUGCUGCUUUCUCUACCCUUUUCCCUGCAAGUGAUAAUCUUCAAGAAGAUCUCAACAACUUGGCAAUCUCAGCAACUCCCAUGCAUCCUUCGGAAAUUUAUGUUUCAAAUGCCGGCUCUGGCAUACCAAGUUUUGUGUUGGCACCCCCAGUAAAUUAUGGAUAUGAUGAAAUACUUGGUAGCAUAAAUACUCAACAGUGGGAGCUCAACAAGUAUGCAGCAGCUCCCUCGGAACCUGGAGUGAAAACUCCAGCAAGAACAACCGGGCUUCAAACAUACUCGCCAUCUAUAGGAAAUCUGGAUCCAAAUGGAUGGUCAUCGCCUAAUGGUGCCAAUUAUGAAAUGACAUAUCAUUCUUACAGUUCCCCUAAAUCAAGCAACGAGCUUGCUUUAACUCUUGCCACAUCCACUUCUUCAAUUGUAAAUGGGAUGCAUAUCCGAGAUCAGUGUUCAGACAUUGAUUGUUCUGGGAUUGGUCAGCCUUGUUUGAAUCAAACAAGGUUUGGAUCAGACCAGCAGGCUUCUUGCAGUAGUGAGGAGCCUUCUCCAAGUUUUGGUUCUUGCAAACCGCCCCAAUUAUCACAAAUAAUAUGUGGAUCAAGAUAUUUUCAUGUGAUUCAGGAAAUCCUUACCCAGAUUGCAAGCUAUUCACUGGAAAAUCUAGACCAGUCAAGUUAUUCAUCUCUGGGAGUCCAUGCUGGUUUAGAUAGUAGAUUUGAGGUGCACGAUGAGCCUGCACAGCAAAGACAGGAAAUCGAAACAAAGAAAGCCAAUCUUCUGGCCUUAUUGCAAAUGCUUGAUGACUGCUACAACCAAUGUGUGGAUGAGAUUCAUACAGUUGUAUCGGCAUUCCAUGCUGCUACCGAUACAGAUCCUUCUAUACAUGCUCGUUUUGCUCUUAAAACAAUCUCCAUAUUUUACAAAAAUCUGAGGGAAAGAAUUAGCACCUAUUGCCUUUCAGUGAGUGAACAAUUCAGCCCUGAGAGUCUCACUGAGAGUGAAACCUCUUUUGAUGAAAUCCAAAAGCAUCUGGCUCUUCAGCAUAUGAAAAAGAAAGAACAUCAAAUUUGGAGACCACAGAGAGGCUUGCCAGAAAAAUCAGUCUCGGUAUUGAGGGCUUGGAUGUUUCAAAACUUCCUUCACCCGUACCCUAAAGAUUCAGAGAAGCAUCUCCUUGCAGUAAAAAGUGGAUUAACAAGAAGUCAGGUUUCGAAUUGGUUCAUAAAUGCUAGGGUACGGCUAUGGAAACCUAUGAUUGAGGAGAUGUACGCAGAUAUGAACAGAAGAAAGGCUAGGCAAAAUGAGAACACCGAGAGGAAUCGCAGAAGCCUUCACCACAUAAGUAUUAACAAUCAGAAAUUUCAUGUGAAUUGAAGGUUUUGGGAAGGUACAUAUCAAAUGGAAAUGCGCAUUUGUGGAUGAUUCA